AUGGAUCAGGCAAUCCAUGAUGGAGCCAAGGCGAAGAGGCCACUGCAUCUCUUGUCGCCGCCAUGGCAUCAUCUCGCCCAUCUCAUCUUCCUCUUCUUCUGGUGUAUCUCUCCACCCUCUUUCUGCUGUGCACAUCCCGUGUUCACUCGGCUGCUGUGCACAAACUCUCCUCCCGCCAGCAAUGCCAACUCUCCGCUGCAGCCUGUCCAGCAGGGACACCAGUCGUCUCAGCGACCUAUCCAGCAGCCAACUUCACAACCAUCCAAGCAGCCAUCAACGCCCUGCCCGACGACACCAGCCCGCAAAACGAUACUCAUUCUAGCUGGGGAGUACACCGAGCAGCUGAACGUUACUCGCGCAGGACCCUUCACGCUACUGGGCCAGAUCCGUUCUGGUACUGGCACAGCAGCGACAGACGCAUCCCAGAACCAAGUGCGCAUCACUUGGGCAGCCGCCAACCACGACAACACGGGCCAGAGCAUCGACAAUGUCUUCACCAGCGUGCUGGUCGUGGCUCCGACGUUGGAGGUGAGUUUGACGGGCUCGGGGACGACGGGGUAUGUCGUGCCUACGGAUACGCCGUUUUGGAACCGUGAUUUUUCGCGCAUCUACGUGGGAAAACUAGCAAACGCCUACUUCUACCAUAGCAUCAUCGCCGGCCAAGCAGACUUCCUGUACGGCUCCGGCACCGCCUGGAAGGGUACCAAUACAACUACUACAUUUGAAAACAAGUACGGCGUGUACAUCGUCGACUCGGGCGUGCGCGCCGCAAACUCCUCCAUUGCGGCCGAGAUCCGCGGUGGCUGUGCGCUCGGCCGGCCCUAG